UCAUCCUCCCAGUCCAUCCCAGAUGUCUACAUUCUGCCUCUUUCUGAGGUUUCGCUCCCAUCCUCCAAUCAACAGAUGCCCAAAACAGAUUUAGUGAAACACUUGGGACUCAGUAGACAACAUCUCAGUUAUCUGCAGGAGAUUGGAAAUGGCUGGUUUGGAAAAGUUAUUUUGGGUGAAAUAUUCUCAGAUUUCACCCCUGCACAGGUGGUGGUGAAGGAGUUGCGUGUGAGUGCCGGGCCACUGGAACAGAGGAAGUUCUUGUCAGAGGCCCAGCCUUAUCGAAGCCUCCAGCACCCAAACAUACUACAAUGCCUCGGCCUAUGCACAGAGACUAUCCCCUUCCUACUGAUCAUGGAAUUCUGCCAACUGGGAGAUCUGAAACGUUACCUGCGAGCUCAACGCAAAGCAGAUGGAAUGACUCCUGACUUACUGACACGUGACCUCAGCACAUUACAGCGCAUGGCCUAUGAAAUCACGCUGGGAGUGCUGCACUUGCAUAAAAACAACUACAUUCACAGUGAUCUGGCACUUCGGAACUGCUUGCUGACCUCAGAUCUCACAGUGAGGGUUGGGGACUAUGGCCUAUCACACAACAACUACAAGGAAGAUUAUUACAUCACUCCAGACCGGCUCUGGAUCCCUUUGCGUUGGGUUGCCCCAGAGCUGUUGGAUGAGAUGCAUGGAAGUCUCAUUGUCGUGGAUCAAACCAAGGAGAGCAAUGUCUGGUCAAUGGGGGUGACCAUCUGGGAACUGUUUGAAUUUGGCUCCCAACCUUACCGGCAUCUUUCUGAUGAGGAAGUCCUGACCUUUGUCAUCAAGGAGCAGCAGAUGAAACUGGCCAAACCUCGCCUUAAGCUUCCUUACUCAGACUAUUGGUAUGAGGUGAUGCAAUCAUGCUGGCUCCCAGCUUUCCAUCGCCCAACCAUGGAAGAGCUGCAUUUGCAGGUGAGCUACCUGUUGAAUGAGCGCUCCAAUGCUCAGGCAGAGGAGAGUUUUGAGUGGCGCUGGAGUGCCCUGAAACCCAUGCGUUCCUCUUCCCCACCACCGGCCUCCUCUUCUUCAGCACGCCAUCACUGCCCGUCAGAAGAGAUCUCAGCCUACCCACUCCUGGAUGGAUUCCAUGGUGGUGACAUGGAUGACAUCCUGACUGUGACUGAAAGCAGUGGAGGGCUGAACUUUGAGUAUAUGUGGGAGAAGGCCCGGCUGGGGCGAUGGAAGGGUCCUGCCUCAGCACCACCUGAAUACCCCUCCAGCAAUGGUGGGCUAGCUGUGCCUGGCAGCAACCCUUUCUAUGAACAGGCAGUACACCGUGGGCACAGUCUGGAGACACCCAGUGUUGUGCCUGUAAUCAGUGCCCGCAGCCCUUCCGUCAGCAGUGAAUAUUACAUUCGCCUGGAGGACCACGGUAGUGGCGAGGGGCCAGUCUGUGCCCCCAGCCCUGGUUCAGCACCACAGCCCCUCUUUCCCUCAGAUUGGGAUUGCCACAAUGCCCCCCUUCGGCCACCAGAGCAGCCUAAUACUAACCCUUUCUUGACUGGGGGCAGCGGUGAAAGCAAUCCUUUCCGUGUAGAUGGUGAGAUUCAAGAGACAUCGCUGACAGAGAUGCCAGCCACAGAGGGUGAAGCAUUCCUUGCAGAAUCACUACUCACUGUGUAUCGUGAAUUGGAGGAUCAGCAGCGUAGCUGGGAUGCUGAAAUGAUGGAAGAACGAGGGGCAGGGGAGACUCUUGCUGGGGACCCCUCAGAGUUCCAGGGGUCACCCUCAUGGGAGCAGGAACCUUCACUGAUGGAGGAUCACAGUUCUGGCAGUAGCACUGAUGACGGUGGAAGCAGCAUUGGAGGAGGGCGGCGCAACCUUCUGCCAUGUCCACUGUGCACUCGGGUGCGUUGCACAUGUGCCAUUCCUCGAGGGGAUGUGGUAAGCAGUUGGAGCAACCAUGGUCCACCUUUGAGGCGUCCUCACCGGGAUAGCUAUGGCACUGAGGAUGACUCCUCACUCAAAGUGGAGCGGGGCUCCCUGUCUGACUGUUCUAUAGUACCCCCUAGAGACUGUGAUGGAGAUGCUGGGGAGCACAGUGAAUUUUAUGACCCACUCAUGGGCACAGCUGUGAAGACUUACGAACUUCAAGAUUACCCAAAGCAGAGAGGUGGGGGAAACAUCCGUCCACCUGGAUCGCCCUUCCCAACUAUGUCAUCUGGGUGCUGCAAUGUGAUUGUCCCUGUAGAAAUACCACCAUUGUCCACUCUGGCUGAGAGUAAUGAUGAGGAGACUAUUGCAAUUCUUCCAGAAGCUAUUGAUGGAUUUUCAACUGGCCCUGCAACCCUGAACCUCUCCCCAGCUGCACCCGAUCGGCAAAGGGGAACCCUAGACUCUGUGGAUUCCUUGGACAUUCCUUCUAAUACGAGUUCCUCAGAUGUCUGCAGCCCAGCCUCCCACUACUCCUCUCCAGGACAAAAAUUUGGGGACAGUGGUUAUGAAACAGAGAGCACCUUUUCACCUGAGUUCAUAUUUAAAGAGGAAUCACCUCUAUCACCUUCUGGAGAAGAGGAAGAAAUAGAAGCAGAAGAUGAUACUGGCAAACUCCCAGCAACACCCAUCUCUCAGUCCACUAGUGAUCUCACACUCUCGGUGAGUGAAGAAGGGACUGAACUUGAAGAAGAGGUAGGGAGGAGUUUGGGGCUUACAACCCCUCACCGUGAUUCUGCCUACUUCUCUGAUGGGGAGCCAGAAUCCUCUGAGGCACCAGCUGUAACCAGAACUGAGGAGGAAAAGCCUUCAGAGAAGACAAUUGUAGAUGGAGGCUUUGUGGUUCAGGUGUGCAAAGAACAGCUGUUGGUCACAUUGCAGGAGAAUGUCACGCGGAAUCUACUUUGCAGCCAGAGGGUGCCAAAAUUGGGUUUUUCACCAAUUGCCCCCUUGAAAGACCAGGCUGUUCUCAAGCUGUGGAAUCUGGAGCCAGAGGAGACACAGCAGACUGUAGAGGAGGAAGAGAAGGAAAAAGAAGGAGGAAGAGGAGGAGAAGAAGAAAGAGAAAAAGAAGAAGAGAAGGAGGAAAAAAGUCACUUUGAGGAAAUGGUGCAUUCCCAAUGGUCAGAGAGUGUGGAAGAUAAAGCAGAAGAAGAGGAGGAGGAAGAGGAGGAAAAACAGCAGCAACAGCAAAAGAAGGAAGGAAGUAGAGAAUCUGAAGAGAAGCAGCUCGAAUGGAAGGAAGAAGAAAGGAAAGAGGGAGAAAAAUCUAUCCAUAUUGAGAUCCAAAGUGAACCCAUGGCCAAUGUGGAACAAUCACAAGAUGCUCAGGAAGACACUUAUGUAGCAACUGACCAGCUCAAAAAGGAGCAGGAGCCUGGGGUCCCUGUGAACCAAGCCAGUGAAGAUAUCAAAGCCAAGCUAUCCCGUUUGUCUCUGUCACUGCCGCCACUGGCUUUGCAGACGUUCCCCCCUCCUGGUGGAGCAAGGAAGGGACCAUUUUGGGAAGGAACAGCUUUGGGGGAGGGUCCAGCUCUGGGAGGGAGAGAGGCUUCCCUAGGAGCUGAAGAGGAAGAGGAAGAGGAUGCUGAAGAAGAUGAGGAAGGAGGCUUGGCUGGAAGCGGAGGGAGGGGCGUCCCCAUUGUGGUGAGUGAAAGUGAUGAUGCCCGCAACUUGCGUGGCCUCCUCAAGUCACCCCGCUCAGCUGAGGAGGCAGCGGCUGAGUUUGACCGCAAGCGAAAGAUGGUCUCCUUCUUUGAUGAUGUCACCGUCUACCUCUUUGAUCAGGAGACACCAACCAAUGAACUGAGUUCACAGGGAGCCCCCGAUGGUGAUGCCUCUUCUCCUGGCUCAGCAGCAGAACCAGGACUUGAUGCUUUCCCACCAGCUGAUGGCUUCAGUGGCAGUUUUGAGUGGGAUGACGAUUUCCCCCUCAUGGCUCAGAACCCAUCCUAUGUCUCCAUGGUGUCAGACCCCAGCACAGCCCAGCCGCACCCAGUCCUGUCUUCACCGGUGCCCAUGACACCUGCCUUGCUGCCAUCAGCCAAGAGGGCUGAGUCCAGCCUUGUGGACACCCUGAGAUUCUCUCGCUUCACAGUCUCUCCUGCCCUAGAGCCGCAUCGGCCUCCAUCCUGUGAUUCUGAAUUGGGACCCGCAGCUGAUGCAAUUGAGAACUGAGAAUCGAUAGACAUUGGUCAAUCCUGCCACCUGUCAUCUCAACAUUCAGGGACAGCACCCAGUCAUCCAGUUGACCUGCUGAUACCAAGCUACCACACAUCCGUUUCCUGCAGUGGAUAGACUGACAGAUGUGUGUGUGUGUGCAUGUGCACGUGUGUAUCUGCGUGCACGGCAUGGGGCCAUUAUUGCUAACUAGAACCUGACAUAUGUGGACUUUUGCUCUCCUCCUGCUCACUGACACAUCCCUGCCUGGGGAGGGUAGGGAAGCAGAACUUUUUGUACAAACAGUCUCAGGCCUCCAUGUGAUGAGGAAGAUACCUCCUCAAUGCUAGAGGCCCUUGCUCCGCACUGGCUUUUGAAUGUAUAACCCUUGUCCCCUUCCAGCCUCCCUUCCACUCUCUGAUAUGUUCCUUAUAAGGACCCUCUGUGCCAAAUUGAGAGGAUGGGUGGGGUGGGGUGGGGUGGGAGGAACCAUUCUUCAGGAAGUUGCCUACAACUGCUCAUGAGCCCUUCUGCAUCGUAUCACCUGCAAUCUUGUAAUAUGGAACAUGGCUACCAAUUUAAAAGUCCUUUUGUGCCAAAUGGAACUGAAUAGGGCUGGUGACCAUCUCCAUUUAACCAGCAUUAUAUACAUAAAAAAGACCACUAUGUUAAACCUCGGACAGAAUUACACUGGCAAGAUGGAGUAAUCAAAUGCUGUGAAGUUACCAGGGACUUUGGGGCUCAACAACUUGGGUGGUGAGAUUUGGUUGGAUGGGUAUCCUUUGUCUGAACCCAAGGGAUUGUUCACCAGUACCAUUUUGUGUAUCAGCCAGCAUCCAUUCAUUGAUUCCUGAAGUGAUAAGGAAAAACAGUAAAUCGGUCACAUCACUCAUUUGUAGUGGCCAGAUAAUUGAAAGCCAUUGAUUCAUCAUGGGAAUUCCUUCCAUAUUGUCUUGGCAGGUCAGUGAGUGGGAAAACCAUUCCUAAUUCAUAUUCUGCAUUGGAGGUGGUUGGCUUUUAUUGGGAUUAGCCUGUUCUGAUUUCCCAGUCUCAGAGAUUAAUAAAGGCUUCUGGGACCUACUGGGAUACGGUUGAAAUGAUGAGGACUUUCAAGGAGUGGAAAAGUCAUUGGUUGUGCCAAAAACCACAGUAUGAGGAAGAAAUGGGUUGGACUGGAAAAGGAGCUCAAGAAAUUCUUUGGAGAUAUCUACUCUGUGGGCAUUUUGAGGUGAAGCACCUCUGCUCUUUAUCUGCAGCACACUGUAGCCAGAUGGGAAAUCACAAGCAGCACUGAAGGGUGCUUAGCCCUGGUGAAGGAAGAGCACUCAAUUCUACUGGCUGAUUUAACUGGGUGUCUUCCAGAUGUGUGUUCCAUACAUCUGGAAGGCACCAGUCUGAAAAGUAAUGCCUGUGUUGGCCGAGAAUAAUGGAUGUUGUAAUCCUCACACAUCGGGAGUGCUUCUUGGUGGGGAAGAUGGUUUUGACAAUUCUUCAGCCUGCAAAUUGCAUCUUACAGGUUGGUUUUGAGCCUGUGUUAGAAGCAGUCAGUUUUGGCCUAGCUGAAUGAGACCUUAGUGAUUCUAAACCUUAAUGGCUAAUUAAGGCAACAGGUUCACUUCUGACUUAGUUUAUAGCAGAGAAAUGUGGACUUUCAUGACUGCUCUCCUUAGCUUUAGCCAUGAUUAGCUGAGAAAGUGGUGACAAAAGGGGGGAGGUGGCCAAUUCCCAGAGGAACUUGCAACAGGAGCCAAGAUAUGGGAGAGAUGUUAUCUGCAAUCUGGGCAUGGCUUGAUUUAUAGGGAUAGCAGAUUGCUGUUGUCCAAUCUGACUUGUGUUGAAAUAGUAGUUGCAGUACUGUCCUCUAGUUCUAUGUAGUUGCUAAGCUUAGCAGGAAAGCAACUAGUAGCUGGUUCCUCUGGCAAGUUGAUGUGCUGACAAGACCAAGUUCUUUUAGUCAGUCUCCAAAGUCUCCAGCCCUGGACUCUUGGUAUUUUACAUCAACUGUAUUUUUCUUGAAGACCUUAAGGCCAGCUGUCCUCAGAACAUUUCACCAUUCUGUAUGGUGUUCAAUGAAUUAUAUAUUUUGCUAAGGAGGUCCAUGACAACAAAAUAAAUAGGCUGCCUGGGAGCAAAUUGUUUACAAUACCCAAAUGGCAAUUUCCAGCACUGGCAACACUAAACAAACCACAAGUCUUCAAAGUCCUCACACUGUCUUCAAAAGUUUUAUGGCAGCUGUCUAUGCCUCCAUCAGACCUGAUAGCCUUUCCCUGACUUAAUGCUUUCCAGAUGCGUUAAAACUGCAACUCUUAGCCAGCAUAGCCUGGAAAUUCUGGGAAUUGCAGCCCCAUUACCUCUGGUAGUAGUGCCAAUCAGGAGAUCACGUCAAGGAAGGCUUCCUUUCGGGAACAUUUCUCCUUCCCUAGAGGAGAAGGUACCCACACUGAAUUGCUUUUGGAAUUUUUAGAAGCAGUGGGCAUAAAGAAAGAAAGGUGUUGUAGGGUUACACAUCAGCUUGCAACGUUUUAUGCAGAGGCUUGCUCCACUUAACUUGCAAAUUGGAAGGAAGUCUGAAGGAAGAGUUGGCUUAUUGGAUUUGGUUGUAUUCAACUGACAUGCCAGUUUUUCAGUAACGAAUUCAUUACAAAAUUAGAAUUCUGAAUCUGCUUAAGGCGUGGCAGGGGUGGAACCAGCAGGUGGCAAGGCCCUUCCACACUUUGCCCUUAAAGUGUUCUUUAAGUGCCUGUCAAGUGCUUGGGAAGCAUCUGUAUGUCAAGAGCAUUGAGACUGGAAACUGGCUGGUUUUGCAUGGCAUCAGGCCUCCACAUUCUGCCGCUUGUUGGUAGGCAGUGUGAACAUUUUGGUUUUGUCUAGCUUCCAUUCUUGCCAUGACAAAAACAUUCUCUCUGUGAUCAUGGCUUCCACACUGGACCAAAAUCCCAUUUUUGUAAAUUCUGAGGGAAGCAAAAGUUUGGGUCCUAUAUCAAUAACUCCCAUUUCCAUUGCCAUUUGUAGCACAGAAUAAAAAAGGAAAGGGACAGUCAUCUUUAUCAAAUGUUCUGUCAAAACAGAAGAGGGGUGUGUAUGUGUGUUUUGUUUAAACAAAGUGGUAUUCUUUAAAAAGACUGGUGGGAGGAAUGAAAGAAUAGAUACACCUAUGACCAUUUGUCUUCUAUAUCCAUGAUUCCAUUGGGGAUUGAAACUGAAUUAUGUUGGGUCGAUAAGUGAAAUAAUAAUGUGUAUAUUUAAGGAAUGGAUGGCUUAAUAGGGUACAGAAGGAUGCACUGUGGAUAAUCUGUGUUGGGGAAAUAGAUGGAUGGACAGAGGUUUUACAGAGAUCUUGAUCCAGGCAUGAUGUUUCAUCAGUGGGAACACUCUGGGAAAGAAUAUAUGGGGAUGGAGAAAUAUUUAAAUCCCAGAACUUUAAGAGCAUCUUAUUCUGUUACACAUAAAAGCCAGGGUUUUCUCCAGAUUGUGUAAAUGGGAAUGCAAGGGGGGGACAGAGUUUAGUUGGUGGAAGGCAAAGGGACCUUUUCAAAUUUGAAAACAUCAGACAAGGAGUUGGUGGAGCCAUGAUUUGUAAGGAAAACUUCAUGGAGGCAGAUAAACUGGUGAAACCUUUAAAAGUUUCUCUAACAAAGAGCAGUUUCAUUCUAAAACGAAAAGCUCUGCUAUCAUUUUGCUUCAAGAUAAUGAGAAAACCCAGAAAGGCACACAUUUAUAUUAAACUUUAUUAAUUUUAAAAUUAGGACAUAUCAACAAGAAGUUAUAUACAUAGCUAAUGAGACCUCAACAUCUGCACAGCUGAUAAUAUAUAUCCUGAUGCAACAAUCCACCCCUCUCUCUCUCAUAUGUGCACACACAGAGUCUGACUUCAGAUGGGACCUCGUUAUUUCUUAUAUAUUAUGUCCAAGCUACACUGAACACCCAAAGUGCAGGGUUACACUUUUUUUUUUUUUUUGAGUAAAACAGAAAAAUCAUUUACCAACGGGUAAGAAACCAUGGCAUACAUGUAAUCACUUGAUAAACCAGUUAUCUUACAUGGUCCAACCUAGAAGAUAAAAAUAUUGUUAUUCCAGUGUUUUCCAAAUUUCUAAAGUGGUACAGGAUGAUCAAAUUCCUUUUCUUUACAAUCUGUUUACAAUGCUAUUAAAAGCAUAGUAUGGCAACUUCA